AGGGGGUGGCGUGGUGCACCGUCCAGGCCGUACACUUGGUCCUAGUCAGUCACUCUGCUACGAUGCGCGUCUUCCUCCUUGUGCUAGCGGUCGGAUUGUCCGCCGCCCAGAAGCGGACAACUGGUCCGCAAAAGCGUGUUGUGACAAUCAACAGGGACGAGAUCGAGUACAGAAAGGAGACGCCCUGCCCGAUCGACUAUGUGGAGCCCGAUCCACCCCGCGCAGCUCUGCUUGAGAGACUGAGCGAAGGCUACAAGAUCUGCAAGAAGGGAAAUAUUGCCAACUGUCCGGCCGGCUCGACCUUCUACAUGGAUGAGCGGAACCGGGGCAAGUGCCAGUUCUGCACGUGCAGCGAGAAGGGCUCCGGCGGCCUGUACACGGCCCGCUGCAACAAGAUCGACUGCGACACCCUGCCCAAGAGCACGCCCACACCGGGCAACGGCGCCCUCCAGGGCAGAGCGGUACGCCAAAACUGCCGCCGUACCCAGCCCAAGGUCUGUAAGGAAGGCUGUAGCUACAUGGCGCGCUACCGAAACUGCGUCUACUGCGACUGUGAGAACAGGGUCGACUUCACAAAGGCCGAGUUCCAGGUGUAAGGUAGCCGCGAUACCAACAAUAUCGACUUUGGCGACCCUCACCGCCGCGCUGGAAGGACUCAGUGCUCAGGCAGAGGAAUCAGUGGUCAGAGGACGGCAAAUCGAAACCGUCCGCCGCGCCCGUGCGAGACAGACAGUAUCAAAGGCGACCCUCUGGAGCUUCGUGUGGCAGCUGGCUGACCAGGCUGAAUACAUAAAAUCACGAUGUACACGAGCCACGAGAUGGCCGAACCAUGACCACUGUGAGAAAUAUAUGAAUGUGUUUGA